GUCAGCCUUUGCUUCUUCUUCUUCUUCUUCUAGAUGCAUCUGCUCAGAGAGAGAUAAACAAACCCUAAAUGGCGGCUGAAUAUUUUGUUGCAUCCCCACCAUUUCACAGCUCCUGAACCCUAAAUUCUCACUGAAAUGUGUGCUGCUGCUCUCAACUAAGCACAAGAGAUUUGUGAGAUUUCUAAAUCCUGUCCGAAGAAGAAACAGAGAUCGUGUGCUGUCUGAUGGUAAUGGCGAAUAGGCUUCCUCUUCGUGAACGGAGGAAGCAGUGGGUUGGGUGUUUUAGAGUGUUGUCUUGUUUUCGUACGAAAAAAGGAGAGAGACGUAUUGUGCCGGCUUCUCGAAUACUUGAAGGGAAUGUUGCAACUGGACAUCAUCAUCAUUCAAAUCAACCUCAGGCAGUGGGAUUGAGUAAUCAAGCUACAUCAAUGCUUGCUCCACCUUCCUCUCCAGCUUCUUUCUCACAUUCUGCUGCUCCUUCGACAAUGCAAUCGCCAAAUUGCCAGCUUUCGUUUUCUGCUAAUUCUCCUGGUGGUCCUUCAUCCGCGAUGUUUGCAACCGGGCCUUAUGCUUAUGAGAGGCAACUUGUUUCACCACCGGUUAUCUCAACCUAUACGACGGAGCCAUCUACUGCUCCGUUGACUCCUCCUCCUGAGUUUGCACAUCUCACCACUCCUUCGUCGCCCGAUGUACCAUAUGCACGGUUCCUGACAUCUUCUGCUGAUCUCAAGAAAACAGAGAAAGGUGAUUAUAUUUCUUCACACGAUCUUCAUACAACAUACGCACUGUAUCCUGGCAGUCCUGCAAGCAGUCUUAGGUCACCAAUGUCAAGGACCUCAGGCGAUGGUCGAUGCUCCUCCUUUCCCGAGCGUGAGUUCUUACCGCAAUGGGAUCCUUUGGCUUCUCCAAGAACAGGCAAAUGUUCAAGGAGUGACUCUAGUUAUGCACAGACACCUGAGACUAACAAUACUCCAAAGGCAUCUGAAAGUUCAAAUUUCUUCUGUCCUGACACAUUUGCUCUAUACUAUCGUGACCAUGAUGCUCCGUUCUCUCAAACUGGUGGAAGACUAAGUGUUUCAAAGGACUCAGAUGUUUACCCAACUAGUGGAAUUACUCAACGCAUUUCCAAGCAAGAUAUGGAAGAACCAGAAGCAUACAGAGCUUCCUUUGGUUUUAGUGCAGAUGAAGUCAUCACUACAAGCCAAUAUGUGGAGAUCACACAUGUGAACGACGACUCCUUCACCAUGAGACCACAUAGUACAUUGGAUGCAACUUCACCAAACUGUAAUAUAAAGACUGCAUCAGAACGCAAAGGGCUAAAUUUUUAUGGCUCAGACGCUAACUUGGACCUGCAAAAAACUGAAUAUACUAGAUGCAACUUACAAGAGCCGCUCGAGUUUUACAAUGCAGAUCAUAUGCAGCUGCAACCUGGACACAUAUCGGUAUCAAGCACACCGGGCAAUAAAGGUCAAGCAAAGACAAGCAGAAAAUACAAGAUGGGUCUGUACAGUUCAGAUGCAGAAAUUGAUUAUAGGAGAAGUGGACGAAGCAAAGGAGAUUUUGCAUGGCAUGACUAAAAGAGACACUCUUCUUACUCUUCCUAUACGUUUUCUUUUAACUAAUCUGUAGAGUUUGGUUUGGUUUUAUAAAUAUAGAUACAUGAACAGAUAUUGUAUUUAAUACACUAGAUAAACAAUUUCAAGCAAAAUCUUGGCACAAAGCAAAUAUAA